AUGAAGAAGGGAAACCUGACACCAAAGACCAUCACGGCCCCUCUAGCCGCCUUCACGAUGGCCUGUAUCCUCUUCGCCGGGAACUUCGGGAUCAAGAAACUGACCAUGUGCAGAGACAUCCUCACGGCCCGAGCCACGGGCCCAGCAACGGUAGCCCGUCUUGAGGUUUCCAAUGCAUUUGACGUUGUAAGCGUGGCACCAAAACCACGCUGUGUUAAACGAACGCAGCGCGGCAAGUUCACCGGAUAG